UUCCCCCUCCGCCCUUUGAUAACAAGGAAAAAUCGAAAUCGUUGGGUAAGGUUAGGUGCUGACAAUUUUUACCUGAAAUGAUCCGAAAAACACAAGUGGAGAACACAUCGAGUUUCAAUGCUGCCAAAAAGUGAAAUGGCGUCAAAGUUGGGGGGCUAAACCUGAGAUUGAAGAAUUCCGCGAAAAUACUGAAUUAAAAAAGACAAAACUGAAAUUGUGGAGUGCGCAGUUCGUUGAGUGUGUGUUGUUUUUAUAGGACUGUUUAAUAAUCAAGUUUAUCGAUAGUACAUUUAAAAUGAGUAAAAUGUACUCAACAGCUAAUUUAACGGAUAAGGAACUCAAGGAACAGGGUAAUCGUUUAUUUGGCCUCCACAAGUAUGAAGAUGCAAUUAAUUGUUACACAAAAGCUAUUAUAAAAAAUCCAGGACAGGCUCAAUAUUUUACAAAUCGUGCAUUGUGCCAUUUGAAGCUGAAGAGAUGGGAUUCUUCGUGCCAAGACUGUCGACAUGCUUUGGAUAUGGAUCCUUGUUUGGUCAAGGGACAUUUUUUCCUUGGAUUAGCCCUCCUGGAGAUGGAAGCUUACGAUGAGGCUAUUAAACACUUGCAGCGAGCUGUUGAUUUGGCAAAGGAGCAGAAGCUCAAUUACGGAGAUGAUUUAACAAGCGUCCUCAGACAGGCCAGAAAACGUAGAUUUCAGUUGAGAGAAGAGCAACGUCUGGCACAGGAUAUCGAAUUGCAAACAUAUUUGAAUCAAUUGAUUAUCCAAGAUGCUGAAAGAAGAUUAACUGCUUUGGAAGAGCAACAGGCGUCCGUAUCAACAGAGCGUGAGGAGGCUAGUGCUGAGGCUGACAACGGAGAAGAGGCUUCAGCUAGUGAUUUAGCGGCUUCAGUCGCUCGACUUGAAAUUGAGAAUAAAAAAGAGACUUCGAUUACGAGAUUGAACGAUUUGUUUGCCAAAGUUGAUGAGAGACGCAGGAAAAGAGAAGUCCCUGAUUACCUCUGUGGCAAAAUAAGUUUUGAGAUUCUGCAGGAGCCAGUAAUAACCCCUAGUGGAAUAACAUACGAGCGGAAAGACAUUGAGGAACAUCUUCAACGUGUGGGGCACUUUGAUCCAGUAACACGUGUUCGUCUCACUCAAGACCAGUUGAUCCCAAAUCUUUCGAUGAAGGAAGUAGUUGACUCGUUUUUGCAGGACAACGAGUGGGCUUUGGACUAUUAAUAAGUA